AUGUACUCAUAUUUUUAUUUUAUCGUUUAUAGUAGACCGGGUGACAAGGGGAUCGACGUCAGAGGCGUUAUUGCCAGGAUCCCCUUCGUGAUCCAGUGUCGCCCGGUCGUUUACGAACUAGAGACGGUGGUUCGUAGACAAGGGGAAGAUACAAUAGGUGUCUUAGUGGCCCCUUCAAUAGAAAGUUUCACACCUGGUGCGAUAGAAGCGGCUGAAACGGCCGUGUACAUCAUCCUAACAGAUAAAACACAUGUAGUUUUAGAUCUCUUUCGUUUGAUCAAUCAACGAUUAGAUGAAAGAGUUUCUAAACUUC